UGGUACCCAAUCAGGAGACUGCAAGGUGGAGGGGUAGUGUACCUCAGCCAAUAAUAAGUUAACUGCGCACCGUGGGUGUGUGGGGGUGAGGAGGAGCUACGGUGAGGCUCGAGGUCUGGCUGAGGCACUGACCACAAAGUGACUGAGCUGUAUUCAGUCACAGUCUUCAGUCACGGGAAAGUGUGUCCUCACUCGCUCUCUGGCCUGUCCCGCCCAGCUUGAGUGUCCUGCCCUACCAUCAGUGAAAAUGAAACCAAACACCGGGACGAGGCGUUUCACUGUUGCCAACCUGUUACUCUUGAGGAUGGUGCCCUUAGGAGUGUCCCUGAGUUCCCUGUUGCAAGUGUUCCUGGUGGGGUUGGUGGCGAGCGUCGUCAGUGGUCAGUUAGUGAUGACGUUCCACCAGGAUGCCUCUCUGCCCGACAGCUCUAUCACCAAGGUUCAGAACGUCGCCAAACGCUGUACAUGCAAGAUGAUGUGCUUCUCUCAGACCGCCUGCACGGCCGUCACCAUCAUCCCGCAAAACAAUGACAGCUUCUUGUGUCAGCUCACCAACGCAGACAGUCCCGAGAGCCUCCUGCAGACCGGCAAGUCUCAAGUUAUCACACUGACCAAGGGUUCAGCAACACCUAAAGUGCAGCAAGUUCUGCAGCCGUACAUAUCCAACCAAACCCUAUCAAGUGGAGCAAUAGCAGGUAUGAAGACAGCAUGUGAGGGAGGAUCCAUGGCCAUUCUUAAUACAACGGAGCUCAUUGAUGGACUUAUAGCAUCAGACACUAAUGGAGUUAUUGAUGAUUUUGGGAUCUGGGUGAGGCUGAGGUACAACCCUGACCUAAACCAGGCUUACUGGAAGGUGGGCUUCUUCUUUAAUGACACUGAAGUCAAAUCCACUUACACUGUGGUCACUCCAACAAUUGUGACAGAUGUCUGCAGCACCAUCACCUCACAGAAAACGUUCGUCUUUAAGAACUGUAAACAAGACACUGCUAAACCUGUGGCAUGCACCCGUUAUGUUACACAGUAAGGUAAGUGUAUUCAAUAGUGAUAGUACAGUAGCAUGGUUUGGGUUUACUUAAAAAUAAUAAAAUUGAUGAAAAUUAAAAGACUUACAAAUUUUACAAGGAAAAUGGUAGUACUUUGGAGGGGUGUUCCUGGGGGGUCCGGAC